UCCGGUUUCUCUGAUUCUCAUGAAACAUUGUUAGUUGUAUUAUAUUAUACUUACAGACACUAUUAUAUAUACAUAUAUUUAUGUUAAUAUAAUAUUAUAACUAUUUCAUAAGUAGUAUUAUUUCUGAAAACUGUCUAAAUAUAUAUAAUAAUGAUGAUAACGGUCACUGUAUUCAUUGAUAGUCAUCAAUAAAACGUUUAAGUUGAGUAAAUAGUUGGUAUCCUCGGUACUCAACAAUGCAGAAAAGUCAAAUGAUAAUAAUAACAAGCAAGUUUGAAGCAGUCAUGGUUGAAUAAGGUCCUUCGAAAAUGCGGGUAAACAGGACAUGUUAUUUUUUGCGAUUAAAAAUCAUGGUAAUGUGAAAAAAUGAGCAGAAUAUGUACGUUUUGUUUUUUUUAUGACUAAACAUGAAGAAGGACUUAAUACAUGAUUCGCCGAUCAUGGGACACCUGUAUGCCCUGUAGAAUAUUCCGGGUAAAAAAGAUAAAUGUACAAGAGAAGGGAGAAGUUAAGAAAAAAAAAAUUUAGUGCAUCCUGUUUAGGGGUGAGCAAGAAGGAAGAAAGAAAACCGGUAUGUCUGGUUGGUCUGGUCCUUGAUUUGGAGUGGUAUAUGGAAGCAGAAAUGCAAAUGUUCAAAGCUGUUUGCAAUAAAGAUGCAGCCAAACUAAAGAGAAUUAUAAACUCGCUCAACCUACCUGAUGAUUUAUCAGAAUGGAUGUAUGGAUAUAAAUUACUUUGCACUGCCGUAGAGAACAGAAAUAAUGAAAUCAUAGACUUUCUGUUAGCAAGAAACGUUCCAGUAAAUAAUGAUAAUGAAACAAAUCAAGAUACGCCACUAAAGUUGGCAGUUAAAUAUCGGAAUCCUAACAUAGUAGAGAAGCUGUUGAAGAAAGGAGCUGAUAUUGAUAAAAAAAGUCACUAUUCUAAAAAUACACUUGAUAUCGCAAUCUUGUCUUACAAUUAUAAUAAUGAUCCCUUAAGAUUUUACAAUAAAAACACGAUACUAGAAGUACUGGUGGAUCAUAUGUCUGACAAUAACAUCUCGGAUCAAAGUUACGUGAAACUACUAAAUCAUCUGCUUGACAAAGGCCACGUUGAGUUAUUAGCAAAAUUAUUGACCAAGUGCCUGUGUGUUGAUAUCAACAAGGCAUUGAAGACUUACAACGUUUUAUAUGAGUCAGUUGAAAAAAAAUAUUUAAACAUCGUAAGUCUGUUACUGGCCCGUGGUGUUGAUGUUAAUUACAUUGACUAUACACGUCCUGGUGCAAAGACGGCGUUAUAUAUUGCCUGUGCAAAUGAAGAUGAAGAAAUGGUAAAACUCCUUCUUAUCAAUGGCGCACGUACUGAUAUUAAAAAUGGACCCUUUGCCGCUGAUACAUCAAUAAAUUAUUUCUCCACAUUUUACUAUCCUAUUCACGCAGCUAUCAAAGAUAACGAUGACUGCAAAGUUCUUGAACUUCUUCUAGACCACGGCGCUGAUAUCCACCAAAAGUACGUGGAUCCACGAGGGUAUCAGGGUUCAGCACUCAGUUUAGCUUUCAGCUACAGCCCAAAAAAAUUUAUUGAGAUGCUAAUUAAAAGAGGUGUUGACAUCAAUUUCCAAGAUGAAAAUGGCGAUGCUCUAAUCACUUAUGCUUUUAGUAAUCAAGACAAAGAGGCUUUUGAAUAUGUCUUCACGCAUCAGGAUUUAAAAGCAUUGGAUUAUCACAAUACUGAGCGCAUUCUGCGCACAGCUGUUCAACUUAGUCGAAUUACAAGAGUAGAGCUAAUAGUUAGGUACAUUCAGCAACAAGGUCCGUACUCUUCUUUAAGACAUGAAGUAGAUGUUAAUUUAUUUAGUAACAGAGCACAUUCUCCCAUACUGCACACCGCUGUGUGUGGUCAUAGUAGUCAUUUGAAGCUCUUAAUUGAAUACGGAGCUGAUGUUAACUUUUUAAACAGUCGAGGAAGAACGCCACUUCAUUCUGCAUUUCAGUUCAGAAGAUUGGAGUCUAUCAAAAACUUACUUAAAUAUGGCGCUGAUAUUAAUAUCUUCUGUGACGAUGGCCACACACCUCUUGAUUAUGGACUUUUAGAUCAUCUAUUCAGAAAUCGGAAAGAAGAUAACCCGGAUUCAAAUUUUUUAUCCCAAGCAAAUAAAGUUGAAGACAUUGUUGAUUUUUUUACUCAGCACGUUUUGAAGCUAAAGCUUUUGAAUUUAUAUGUCAAUAAAAGUAUUAUCGAUGCCCUGAUAACUAGAUCCACAUAUCCUGACAGCGACAUGAUGAUUAGCUUUUCAAACCCAUUUAAAUAUCAAAAAACAUAUGAAACAGAAAUAAAAAAAAUGAAGCUUGAAAUAUUAAGCGACGGUAUUACUUACUAUGACCUCGUGACUGCUAAUUUGGUCACAAUAAUUGCGUUCUUGAACAAUGAUGAUAUUUUUAAUAAAUUUAAAUUGGAAAGCUACAAAACAAAGUUCCCGCACUAUUGGGAAAUCAUCAGUGGAUGCUUCUGGAGAGGAUACGCCAGAAAAAGACUUUUAGAUAAGGUCUCAGAGCAUCUUAUUUUCAAACCCAUCUACAAGUUACCGUUUCCGUGCUUCAGAGAAAUAAUGGAUUAUUUCAGUAACGCCGAUUUGAAAGAAUUCUUGAUCAAAAGCGCUUUUUAUUUUAAUAUGUAGAUUGUUUCAUCUAUAAUUUACAUGUUAUCUUAUUAUAGAUAAUUUAAUAUUCUUCUGUAAGACUGAAAUUAGUUUAAUUUUACUAUAUUGAUGUACAUUUAACAUUGAGUGGAUCGUUUUAUUUAAUAAGGGAUAUUCAGAUAACGAUCUUCGGCGCGCAUUAAUUUAUUUAAUUUAAUUAACGCUAAUUGAUAUUGUACAUAAAAAAUA